GCCUGGAGGUAUGGUACGUCUCUACAUCUCAAAGAUACUGUCAGGAAGAAAGAAGCAGAAGCUGCAAAACUGUGACCAGUGCGUUGGCUGUUCAGGGCGCGCCGCCCAGCCUGUGCGUAUAGCACUGGACUGCGCCUGAAGGCAGAGACAUUUUCAUAAUCUCCGAAGGCGGAGGUGUUUUGAAGUUCAGUAGGCCAGAGCCAGCUUCUAGCCUCUAGUAGUAGAACCACUUCCAUAUUCCACAGAAGAGAGAAUCGGAUUGUGGCAGCUUGAACCUUCUUUCAGUGAUCUGUCAGCUGAAUGCAGGGGCUGACUAUACUUACAAUCCCAAACUUCUACUUUGGUCUUUUUCCACAACCAUAAUUGCUCGUAUUCAAAGUCUUCACCAUGCAUUUGCGGUGACGUUGAUAAAGAGGAGACUCAAUGACCAGUGGCGCCAACUUUUAGCAGGGCGCGGGACAGCUAGCGGAGUGUCUCAUCAAAGGCCCACUGAGCAACCCAGGUUGAGUAUGAAGGCAUGGCAACUGCUGCCAGAAGGUCUCGAGGAAUCUCUGUCAACAAAGCGCCUGGCGGGGUUCAGCAAGCUGAACAUAACACCGGCGGUUCUCGUCAUCUUAACCCUGCUUAACCUGUGGAUAGCCGCCAAACCAACCCAAGUACAGCAGCUGUUAGUGGUCCCUAAUUGCUGUACUGCCCAUUUACAAUCUCAUUCUGCGCACGGCACAGCAGGCGCCGCGCGCCUCUCACCCCCCGCCCAGGCUGAAACCCUGCUGCGAAACCUCCAAUUGCCUAACGACACCUGGCGGUCGUUCCCGCCGACAGUGCGGCACGACCCCAUCCUCGGUUACGACUACGGGUUAGCCCACAAGGUUGGGUGGCUUGAAAACAAGACCCGGAUUUGGGAGUGUAUGGAUAAGGUGGGGCCGCGCCGGCAGAUUACGUUUGUGGGGGAUAGUGUAACGAGGGACGCUUACGCGCGCAUGGUUGAAGCACUGGGAGGGCCAACUUCUAGCUGGGUAGGACAGAGCACCCGGAAUAUGGCCAUACAUUGGUGGCUCGCACAGGGGGAUUUUGAGCUGGACUCAGGACUUGCUCCCAUACCUGGAACGCCGCCACCCGCAAAUGUGACACUCAGCUUUCGCUUUGCUUGCAACGCCUUUCCGCACAUGACCAAGAUUCUGUCGGACCCAGCAGUGAGCAAUUCAGACGUGUUGGUGCUAAAUUCGGGACUCUGGGAGAUGGGGACGGGCUCUGGGACGGGAACGCUUAACGGGAGCUGGAUGCGAGACUACAUGUACCGAUUGUCCCAACUCGUCUUGCAUCUAAAGGAAAACUAUAAGGGCCGAGUUAUCUGGCGGACCAUGGGGGCGAUCGACUGGUACAAGGCAAAAGAAAGGGACCGGUUCCUUCCGUUCAAGUUCCGGGCAAUGAACCUGUUUGCGGAAGGCCUGUUCAGGGGGGCGGGAUACGAGGUCGUCGACUUCUGGUCGGCUAUGGCGAUCGACACGACCGGUCUCACGACGCCGGACGGGGUGCACGGGGGGGAGGCGAUCCUCGCCGAUCUGGUUUUCAACAAGGUCUGUCUCGACGAGCCGCUCUUUAGCGUAGACACAGCGGCUGAGAUCGUGAAAGCCGUAGACUCAGGCAGCAUGCCUCCGCCAAAAUUACAAGGACCGGACCCGCCCUUCGUUCCUUUCCCGUAAAAGAAUUGGGUUUGAUUGCACGUAACCAGACUCUGGUCGAAGGUGACCCGAUAUCUGGGAGCAGCGAACUAACCCCGGUUAGCAUUAACCAGGGCGACCGAGUCUGGUUGGUGCCCAUGAGUCUGGUCAGCAGAUUUAACCAGGCCUGGUCAGCGCGGCUAACCGACCGGCAUGGUUACGGAAUGGCCAGGGCCUGGUUAGCGAUUCUCGUUAACCGUCAAAAUCCCCUGUGCUAGAGCCUCAACAAAGCUUUGUGAAAAUGGUAAAAAUGUAGUUGUCAGGUCAAGGUUCGGCGUCGACCGAAGACAACGAGGAAGUUUCAGCCAAUCGCAACCGCCACGUGGCUUUUCGAACCAGUUGUAACGCGGGAUCUUAGCAAGGUUAAGGUCUACAACGGGAAGGAAGCCUAGGGUUGAGCGGCUACGCUGGCGGUUUCUUGAACUCCCAACCUGUAUCGGUCGGCGCCAAUCCUAAAGUACAGUCAAGAACACUGGUUUCAAGAAACAGGCGAUCCGAUGUAGGUCAACUUCGGACACCUCCAACUUUGAAACCUGAGCCGUACAAAAAAACACUAAUUCUUAGUCGGUGACAGGUUUAGGAUUUGUGUCAGCAAUGCAAUCUGAUGGCGUUGAGUUACUCAAAUUGACGGGUGGGUUAGGGAGAGGGUUAGACAUAUUCCGGAGUGCGAGUAGGCUGAUUGUGCUCCGGAUUCUAGUGUGACCUUAGAUGAUGCUCAGC